AUGGAGCUCGUGUUCUCCACGGGAGACUGUGCUAGAUGUUUCAGGUCGUUGCUAGUGGUGUUGGUGUGCCUCAUAGUUCUCGUGUGCACUGAUCGGGACUACUACAGUUUGCUUGGAGUAUCCAAAGAGGCAAGCAGUAGGGAAAUCAGGCAAGCUUUCAAGAAACUGGCGUUAAAGUUACACCCUGAUAAAAAUCAGAAUGAUCCAAAUGCACAUGAAAAUUUUUUGAAAAUAAAUAGAGCGUAUGAAGUACUUAAAGAUGAAGAUCUACGGAAGAAGUAUGAUAAAUAUGGAGAGAAGGGUCUUGAGGAUCAGCAGCAGGGUGGUCGUUAUGAAAGCUGGAACUUCUAUCGCUAUGAUUUUGGCAUUUAUGAUGAUGAUCCUGAAAUUAUAACAUUGGAUAGAGGAGAAUUUGAUGCUGCUGUUAACUCUGGGGAGCUGUGGUUUGUGAAUUUUUACUCUCCCCGAUGUUCCCACUGCCAUGAGUUGGCACCCACGUGGAGAGAGUUUGCUAAAGAGAUGGAUGGAGUGAUACGCAUUGGAGCUGUCAACUGUGGAGAUAACAGAAUGCUUUGUCGAAUAAAAGGGAUUAACAGCUAUCCAAGUCUGUAUGUUUUCAAAACUGGAAUGCAACCUGUGAAAUAUUAUGGAGACAGGUCAAAAGAGAGUUUAAAGAACUUUGCUAUGCAAUAUGUUACAAGCACCGUCACUGAGUUAUGGGCAGGAAACUUUGUUAAUGCCAUUGAAACUUCAUUUGCUUCUGGUGUUGGCUGGCUGAUCACUUUCUGUGCUGAACGUGGAGAUUGUUUGAGUUAUCAAACACGCCUUAAGCUUGCUGGCAUGUUGGUAAGUCUUGUUAAUGUAGGCUGGAUGGACUGUGGCACCCAGGGUGAGCUUUGUGAUAAUUUAGAUAUCUCAUCUAGUACUACAGCAUACUUUCCACCUGGAGCCACCUUAAAUAACAAAGAGAAAGGAGGUGUCUUGUUUCUUAACUCAUUGGAUGCCAGAGAAAUAUAUCAAGAAGUAAUGAAGCAUCUGCCAGAUUUUGAAAUUAUAUCUCCAGCAUCAUUAGAGGACCGUUUGGCUCAUCACCGAUGGUUGAUUUUCUUCCAGUUUGGGGAGGGUGACAAAUCAAGUGUACAGGAAUUUAAAAAACUGAACUUUCUACUUAAAGAUGAACAUAUCCAGGUUGGCAAGUUUGACUGCGUUUCCUCACCAACCAUCUGCAAUAAACUUUAUGUCUAUCAGCCCUGUCUAGCUGUCUUCAAAGGAAAAGGAACUGACGAUUACGAAAUUCAUCACGGAAAGAAGAUCCUAUAUGACAUUGUUGCAUUUGCCAAAGAGAGUGUAAACUCUCAUGUUAUCACUUUGGGGCCUCAGAAUUUUCCUGACAAAGAGAAGGAACCGUGGCUCGUGGAUUUCUUUGCACCAUGGUGUCCUCCUUGUCGAGCUUUGUUACCAGAACUGAGAAAAGCAUCAAAACAUCUUUAUGGUCAACUUAAAUUUGGAACAUUAGACUGUACUGUCCAUGAAGGGCUUUGCAACAUGCAUAAUAUUCGAGCUUAUCCAACAACAGUUGUGUUCAAUCAGUCUGAUGUUCAUGAGUAUGAAGGACAUCAUUCUGCUGAGCAGAUCUUGGAGUUUAUAGAGGAUCUUAGGAAUCCAUCAGUGGUCUCCCUAACACCAGAGACGUUCGUUGAAUUAGUUAAGAGAAGAAAACGAGAGGAAACCUGGAUGAUUGAUUUCUAUGCUCCAUGGUGUGGGCCUUGCCAGGCUUUAAUGCCAGAAUGGAAAAAAAUGGCCAGGAUGUUGAAUGGAUUGAUCAGUGUAGGGAGUGUGGAUUGUCAAAGAUACUAUUCCUUCUGUCAACAAGAAAACAUUCGGGGAUAUCCUGAAAUAAGACUCUUUCCUCAAAAAUCAAACACAGCUCAACAAUAUUACAGCUACAAUGGCUGGCACAGAGAUUCAUAUUCAAUGAGAGCCUGGGCACUGGGGUAUUUACCCCAAGUUUCUGUAGAUCUUACUCCUCAGAGUUUCAUAGAAAAGGUUUUGAAUGGAAAAGAUCACUGGGUCAUUGAUUUUUAUGCUCCUUGGUGUGGACCUUGCCAAAAUUUUGCUCCUGAAUUCGAGAUCCUUGCGAGGACCGUGAAAGGAAAAGUAAAAGCUGGGAAAGUCGACUGCCAGGCGUACGCGACGACCUGCCAAACUGCUGAUAUCAGAGCCUACCCCACUGUCAAGUUUUACCCCUACCAAGGAACCAAGAAAAAUGUUCUUGGGGAACUUGUGGACAGCAGAGAUGCAAAAGGCAUUGCCAAUCUUUUGAAUGAAAAGUUAGAAGCUAUUCAAAGUAAACGAAAGAAAUCUAGAAAUAAGGAUGAGCUCUGAGUGGUACUGGACUUGGAUAAGAUUCAAAAUACUCUGAAACUGUGAAUAUAGAAGAUACCAUGAGGAAAAUGGAGCAUUAGGUUACAUUCAUGACAGGACAAAGA